CUGGAACUUCUCACAAUUUCUACUUUAGAACAACCAUCUGCGACAUCAAUCUACAACCAUGUCAACAGAACUACGAACAUCCACCAGUACAAGCAGCACCAGCAGCACUACAACAUGUAGUGUGCGCACAUCGUUCAUGCUGAAAGAGCCUGGUGAUCGUCGUAUGUCUCCUCGCAAGUCUCUAUUUCAACUCAUGGGGUUCCGAGAUCAAAUGCAAAAGCAGCAUUCCUUCACACCGCGCAUGAGUCGUCUGAGUACUUUGUCUUUCGGGGGAAUGGCCGAUUUUGCGGAUUUGGACCUGUCGAAAUCGCAGCAACAAUGCGAGAAUGUAGUAGAGCAUCACGACUAUGAUCAUGGAGAUUAUGUGGUAGAUUCCGAAGAAGCAUUUUGGUGCCAACGAAACGAUAGCAGAAGGUCAUUGGGCAGCACGGACAGCAACAGCAGUGGAAAUCUCCUGACAGAUUUUGCUCAGGCAAGAGUGAGAACCUUUGCCAACAACAUGCAUGCCAUUGCCGAUAUUCUAGUUCAUCCAUUUGUGGAAGGAGCCGAGUAUGAUGCAGACAGCGAGAUGGACGGUGGCAGUGAUUAUUUGACAACUUGAACCAAAAGCAAGCACAACGCUGUUAUUACGAGUGAACUGAUCAAUGCAUUCAAAUUAGUAUCAUUUUUAGCUUAAGAGGAGAGCUGACAACUCAGCUUCACAAAAGGGAACCUAACUAAAAACUACUAGUAGACAAGAUAUAAAGGAGAUGAAGAGGGGAUAUCUCUAGCUGAUACCCUGUGCCAAGAUCGUAGGUAGCCGCGAAGACUUGAAAAAGGGCUUGUCAAGAAGAGAGCCAAUAUCCUAGCCAGAGCCACCUGAGCAUGGCUAACCUCGG